AUGCCUCGUGACCCUGCAAAGGCUGAUGGGCUACAGAGGGCGUUGGGGGGCGCUGUUGCAGCACAAUCAAACCAAGUAUUCACUUUGGUAGUUUGUGGCGCUGACAACUCGGUCCGCGAUGGAUGGAUGUUCGCCGACUUUCUGGGGUUCUCCAAAGCCCUUGAGGGCCAACGCGGGCAAAAUUCCUUUUAUUCAUGCUUCCCCUUGAAGGAUCAUUUUGCGGACUUGAGUCGUCGAAACAUAACGGACGUCAAGUUCGGCUUCUACGGCAACCAGCGCACCCAUAUCCAUUCAUACGAGCGAGCGCAAUUUGAGCAAUGUCCUCCGUUUUGGACACAGAUAACGCCCGAAAGACUUCUACACGAGGUGAUGUUCUGGAUUGGCAAAAGGCGCAAGAGCUGUUUGAAUGGGGACAUCAUCAACAUCUUCUUAGUCUGUCAUGGCUCUGAUGAUGGGAAUCUGAGUUUGGGGAAGAAGAUAUUGCCUGCGGGAGAUCUGAGUGCACUCUUGGCAAAGUUCCAACCAGGUGUCGAAAUCAAUGUCAUUUCCACUGCAUGUUAUUCUGGGCACAUUGCAGAGGAAGUGGCAAGUUCGACUGCUAACCAAAGCGGCCGAUACGUCGCUGCUCCUUACCACAAGCACAAAGCUUUUGCGAUGGGAAGGAGCGUCAGUGGCCGCAUUCGAAGUGGUAGAUUCGCCAACGCCGUCGUUGAAUCCCUCCUCAAAGUCACUUCCCCUUCGACGGUCCCUUGGACAGUGUCGGACAACGACAACCACAUAGUUCACCGCCUUCGGGACAUCACCCCAGGAGAGACCCUAUUCACCGCACAGUUCCUACAUUCUGGGUUUGACCCAGUCACCAUGCCACUGGACCAGUUGAUGCUGGGUGGAGAUGAUCCAGAUGUUGAGGAUAUCCCAGGAUGGGGAGAAAGACUAGAUACCCCACCACCACCACCACUUGGCAGCAUCAACUGGAAAGAAGCCGACAUAAUCGUCAAGGAGACACUUACACGAUCUCUGGCAGCUUGUGGCCAAGAUGUAACUCCAUCAGCUCAGGCAGUGGCAAAAACCGAGGGAGAGUUGUGCGACCUUGACCUGGGCUACCCUCCCGACAUAGAAAUCUUUGACCAACUUUUCUUCGAAGAAACGGACUGGAGAAUGGUUUUAAACAACCUCUACUGGAGAUCUUUUCGGCAAGUCACAAUGUGGGAAGUCUUUCUCCACCUCUUUAGAGAGGACUUUGUCAGUGCCGAAGCACUGACUUACCCUAUGGACUUACAUACACCAUCCAUGGGCACAUACACCGUUUCCCGAAUCCUCAGCUGCUACCAAUUCUUUGUUGAUCAGUCCCAGGAGGAAUCUCAAAACAUGAUCCCCUCUCAGUCAGGUGAAUGGACCACUGAUAGGGAUUGGCUUGCAACCGUCAUUGUCCGAAGCGCCCUGAACUUGAGAAAUGUGGUCGAUGCAAUCACACAAAGUCAAAUCCUCGGAAAAUUGGAUAAAGAUCAAUAUUUUAAGUGUCGAUCUAAAGAUCCAGAAUUCGAGCUCCACCAGGAUGUCCGUGAGAGGCAAGGACCAAUGAGUCCAGAUGGAAAAGUCCCGCCUUCGAGGAAUACCUUCGGCUUUUGGCUUCCACAUGGGCUGACUGAUAUGAUGGACGUGCGCAACGAGAGGCUGGACCGCUGCUUCCAAAGGGCAAUUAAGAUCGAAGAGGCAUUUAGGCAGAUUGAACAGCCUCCCGUUGGAAUCCUGGUUUUGAACCUUCAGCCUCUGCGCAUUCAAGCCCACAACUUAGAUGUGUAA